AGUUCAUACCUGCAUGCGGAAGUAGAAGCACCGAAGGUUGUUUUGAUUUCCAGCGGUUUUGACGGUAUGUCAUAUUUACACGUGCAGUCAAGCUAGAACAUUAGCAUGUCCACAGCUAAAAACAGCCCAGUGCAGUUAGCACUCGUGCUAUUCUGCAUCUGGAUGGUAGAUGGCACAGCGAAGCGCUCGGAAGCAGUGUCCACGUCCUCCAGUAUUGUGGUGAGGGAAGGAACCAGUGUCCUGAUUGAGUGUAACGUGACGGGAGUCCGCGAUGACGUCAGGUGGUACAGCCCCAGCGGACGCCUGCUGGUUGACGACCCAGGUGGAAAGUGGAACAUUGACGAGACAGGACAACUCAACAUAAGUGUCAUCUCCUUUGAGGACCGUGGCCGCUACACAUGUGUCGCCUCUAAUGACUCAGAGGUCCGGGACGCCAACUUCACCAUCACGGUGCGCGUGGCCUACACCGACAGUGGCCUGGGCUUGUACUACGUCAUCGUUUGCCUGGUGACCUUCUCCAUCACCUUAGUCCUCAACGUGGCCUUGCUCUGCAUGGUCAGCAGCCAUCUGAAGAAGACCGAGCUAGCCAUCAACGAGUUCUUCCGCACCGACGGGGCGGAGAAGCUCCAGAAGGCCUUUGAGAUUGCAAAGCACAUCCCCAUCAUCACGUCGGCCAAGACGCUGGAGCUGGCCAAGGUGACGCAGUUCAAGACCAAGGAGUUUGCGCGGCAUAUAGAGGAUUUGGCACGCAGCGUCCCCCUGCCGCCGCUCAUCCUCAACUGCCGCACAUUUGUGGAGGACGCCAUCAACCCUGAGACCGAGUCUCCAGAGAGCAGGCAGGAAGUAGAUCUCCCAGAGAAACAGGAAGAAGAGGUGGUGUUGAUAUCAGGGGAGGAGGGAGGGAGCAGUGGCGCUGACGUCCAGGUGGCGGUGCACUCGACGCAAGCUCCACAUGAAGCUUGAACAUCUUCACGGAUUCAAAAACAUGCAGAUAAGGCACCUCAUUUACAAUAAAAAAUAAAGCUGCUAGAUUGUUAAUAGCAGAUAUUAAAAUCUGAAUAAACUAAACAAAAAUCUUUAAGAAAAUACAGUAAUUUCUUUAAAUUGUUUAAAGAAAAAAGAAAAUUGUACAAAGUAAAGUACAUAGAAUUAAUAUGUAGAUUAACACAUUUUAUUAUUGUUAGUAAAGACAAUGACUGUACAUAAAACAUUUAUACAUGAAAAACAAUAUAUAAAAAUAAAUACAUAUUUUUUGUCUUAUGUGAAGUGCAAUAAAUGAUAAAAUAAAUAAAACUUUAAAGAAACAAAUGAGUAAACAUGAAAAUAAAUGCAUUUUGUAUUUUGCCUCUUUUGAUUAUUUUUGUAAUAUAUAUUUUAAAAAUACUUUGGGAUAUAUUAAUAGAUGAACAACAUAAUCAAAUUAAAAGGCUCAUUAAUAGUUUAGUAAAAGAUGUUUUGUGCUAUUUUUAUGAGCUGGAUUAUUUACCGGAAAAUUAAGUACAGCAAAGGAAACUUUAAAAGAAAUGUUUUAACAUAUUAAUGUUACAGAAGGUUUUUUUUACACAUUUUUACACUUGUAUUUUUUUUUUUAUAAGAAAGUCACUUAAAAUAUAUCUUAUACCGUAUAAAGGUUUCAUGAUGGCCACAGUUUGACCCUGGAACAUUUGAAUUCCAUCUCCAUUAUUUCAUAUGGUGGGGAAAUCUACUCUUACUGGAACCAAGCCAUGUUAUUAUCAUCUGAGCUCUACUUCUUUUCCUCUCCCAUUUGAGCUGUAUUUCUGUUUCAUGUUGAUUUGUGCUCGCUUUGCCCCUCAUCCCCCUCCACACUUGUUUUUGUGUCGACAUGUGCUGUCAAUCACCGACACAUACAAAAGGGAAACGCAUAUUUGAUCUCUGCAUCAGUUUUACUCAGCAAAACACUUAAUUAUAGGUUGCGCUUCACGACAAAAAGCCAUUUACAAGAAAAUACAUACGCAAUACCAAGUGACCUUUUGCAGAAGAGAUUACUGUUAUCAUUUUAACAUUAGUCUCGCUAAAACAUGUUAACUGUAAUAGAAAAAGUCUCACAAUUAUUCCGUUGUAAUGUGUUUUGUGCUGUGCGCAGCAAUGGAAGACAAAGCACUUGAUUUAUAAAUAGUUUUUCAGUGUGAUUCAUUGACCGAGUGGUGUGUUGUGACUCAUAUCAACCUCUGUGGGGCGGUGUUGGCCAAACCAAGAGUUCAACAGCGGUCUUUAAUAAGAGUUCAAGCCUAUUCAUAAUUUGCAACAUAUAUUUCUCUAUAAAUAUAAAUCGAUAAAUAAUAUAAAAAUAAAUACAUCGACGGUAAUGCUGAACGCUAGUCGUUUUUGUAGCAGAACACUUAAAUCACAUUAACACGUCAUUGAGCAUUGUGGGGGUGCGUUCAAAGACACCACGUAAUUGAAGUUAAAUUAAUGUUUGGUCAGUGUAUUCUGUGGGAUUUCCGGGUGUACUUACCUGUAGCCAAUAGUAGUUCCCCAUUAAGGUAAAGUAUAAUGAUUUUGGACGGUUUUGUGUAAGUGUAAAAGCAUUUUGAUGUAUAAUUCUGUUUGAACAGGAAAACACGUCGUUCCCAUACCGGGAGUCGAACCCGGGCCGCCUGGGUGAAAACCAGGAAUCCUAACCGCUAGACCAUAUGGGAGACGAGCAAAUACGUUUGUCGAGGUUUAUUCAUUAUGUCAUAUAUCCGUCUGCGACCUCACCUUUCUACUAACAUGUUAGUUUACGUCCAAGCUCGUUUACGUCACACGCCGAAACUAGCUUAACCAAGUUAGCCUAGCUGAGAACAAUUACGACAUCAACAGCUUCUUCUUCAACAUCAAUGCAAGGCAAACUUAAAAACAAGGUGAGUGUGUCGAACAGUUGCAGCCAUUUCGUUAUAAGCGUUAAAAAUCAGUUACUUGUGACUUUUUUGCUGUCAAAAUUUCACUUAUGACGAGCAGACGCCAUUACACACAAAGCAUAACUGAAAAUGUACUCAUUCACCUAACUCGUGAACUAUAACGUCCUAACUUUAUAUCUUUAUGCUUCUUUUAGAUAUUUCUCCUUUGAAGCGAUAUAUAUUUUCUUAACAGCAAGGAGUGUAACAAUUUAUUGUAAAUUACCGUCGUACACGAACAGACAAAUUACGUUAACAUGCUUUUUAUUUUAUAAAACCCUCAGAGGUCAGUGAUGAUAACCGGAACACAGGAAAACAAAAUAAUACAAUUCUAAAGAAAUUGUGACAGCAGUUUCUUAAAAUAUGGUUUGGUGCUUGCACGCCUAAUUCAUGUGUCUUGUGUUUGGGGAGAAGUUCAUUGUGGAUUAAAGUUACAAGGAACCAUCCAGAACUUUUCUACAAUGGCAUUGUUGCCGUUUCCAUUCAGUUAAUUGUGUAGAACUGGAUUUUUGAUGUUAGCCACCACCACCUCAAGACAAAAUAAUUGGUAAAAACACACUUCGAACCUUGUUAUUAUCUUCUUCACUUUGGAAAACAAACUACAGACGCUCACGAAUGGUGAGUCAGUUCAUAGUUUGCGUGUUUUAUGCCUUUCUUUGUUUUAUAUAUCGGUAAAUGACAUUAACACUGGAUUAUAUGAAGUCCAUCAGAGGUUUGACAGAAACCCCUGCUGCAGGCUAAACCCAGUGAAUUACUCCCACAGUGAGGUUAAAGUCUGCCCUAUUGCUUUUAAAAAUCAGGCUGCACAGCAGCGCAAAUCACAAUAACCUUGAAUCGCUCCAAAAAAUAAGAGAAGUAGGGAAAAAAAAACAACCAAAAUCCAUCCCCCAUUCCCUGAUCUGUCGUCUCUGGAGGGGAGCUUAUCUAAAUAG